UUUUAAAUAUAAAUCGUUCCAUUGAAUUACAAAGUCAAAAAAUUUUUAACGAAUUAACAACUGGAGUCAAAUUUUAUGUAAAGACUUUUAUAAAAUCUGUUCAAAUUUUAUUUUAGAGUGAUUUAGAAUCAUGCAACGGCUGACACCAUUUAGGAGAGCAUUCAGUCAAAUUCAACCCGUUGAAAUAGGAAAACAAGUACUACUCACAAAGGAUGGACUAAGAGGGAUCGUACGAAGGAAGCUUGAAGACUUACCUGUCCAUAUCAAAGAAAAACGUUCAGAUUCUCUUUCAAAAGAAUUUAUUGAUACGAACAUUUUCAAAUAUUGUCAACGGUUUGCAAUUUACCAAGGAUCUCCACUACUAGUUAAUACAGACAAAAUUAUAUUGAGUUUAUUUGAAAACGAUAAGGAUGUGUAUAUUCCAAUCCGCAGCAGGCAAGGUGAAAUCGAUUUAGUUAAGCAAAAUUUAUCGGAUGUAAAUUCGCAAACAGAUCCUGUUAGACUAAAAUUCAAGGCUUCUUUGAAAAGAGCAAAUGCACUUUCUGAUGGUGGUGUCGAUGUCAUCGUAAUACCAGGACUUGCUUUCACGAGGGAUGGUUACCGUCUUGGGAAUGGAAUGUGGAAAUUCGAUAAGUUUCUGCAAAAGUACUUUCGCGUUUGUCCAAAAAGAUAUGCUGAAGAUAUGCCUCUUGCUGCAAAAAUCGAAAAACACAAAACUAUACUUAUCGGACUAGCAUUAGAAGAACAAAUUAUACCUAGAAAUCAGAUGCCUUUAGAACGUCAACGGAAACUGGAUUUGGUUUUCAUUGCAUAAUCAUUUGUCUGUACCACUCAAAUUUCUUUCUGAUUUUAAUUAACUAAAUUUGGUAA